GGAGUUUGUUUGGGAAGGAACAUAGAUGGUUGUUUGGCGGAGCAAUCCUUCUUGAAAUUUUGAACUAUCGAUGAUGAAAUGAGGACUAAAGAAGGUCUGCGGAAUGGAAAAAAGCUUAGUGCAAUCGGCUUCCCCGAAACGAGGACCGAGCUCUGCCGAUGCAAACCUAAGCAUCGUUUUGAACUUAAUGUGUCAUACAACUUGCCAUCGCCAGGGAGGCGAAACUGAGAAAUUCGCAAAGAGAGCCAUUGAGUCGUUAGUAAAGAAGCUGAGAAAAAAAUCCGAAGAGCUAGACUCUUUGAUCACUGCCAUUACGACUAAAGGCUCUAAAUCAUCGAAAUGUGUCACGAUUCAGAGAACUUUGGACGGCAGACUUCAAGUGUGCGAGCGCAAGGGCUUUCCACAUGUGAUUUACGCUCGACUGUGGCGAUGGCCCGACAUUCAAAAAAUGGAGAUGAAACAUUUGGACUUUUGCCGAUACGGCUAUGACCUUAAGUAUGAAAGUGUUUGUGUCAAUCCGUACCAUUAUGAAAGAAUCCGCAGUCCGGCAGGUAAGCUUUUUAGUUUUGUUUCAGAAGGUUUGUGCGCUGGGUCAAUUGUGUGAUGAUGUCAUGUAGCUGGCCUAAGGGACUAAGUGAACGCACGCAUUUCGUGUACGUGCUCCUAUAGCAGACGUGAUGACAAAGUACACCGGAGCUUUGAUAUGUGACAAUGAUUGAGGCUUGCUUUAAUCCUUCUUACCAUGGAAUUGUCUAUCAUGAGUUUGUUUUCAUGCUUGUGUCACAAGGGAAGCUAAAAAGCUCGAUCGGGGGUGAUAUUUUCGUAAUUCACUCACGGACAAUUUUUUCGAGCGGCAUCGUCUCACUCCAGCUUUUUGCCUACAACGUUAUCAUCCCUACUUCGACCAGAGCCUUUUACGAAAAAUAUCUUUGCGAUCAAUUCCCUGUGUUAAAGCAUUUCGUUUAUUCGAUGGUACAGAAUUCGCCUCACGAAUUCAUUAGCGAUAAACAUGUCAAAAAGCGAAAUGCUAAUUUCUUUCAUGGGAGUGGGCACGUCAGUGCUUUCCUAAGCUUGGCCAUUGUUUGGAUAACGAGCAAGCGCCUAUUUUGCAUUUUUAAUAUCUAGAUGAAUUUUUGGCCGGAAUUUUUGCGCGAUUUUGUUGGGAACGUUUUCCAGACUUGGUUUCAGACGUGUCGAGCGUCGAAUCACGUCAAAUGACUGGCGAUCAUUUCGUGUGGGGCGAGAGAAUUAUUUUGUCUGGGUUUUGUUUAAGUAUUAUUGUUGGUUAGUGGUCAUUGUCUGGCUGGAACGUUUCUUGUCUGAAAACGUCUGAAAUGUCGUCUGCUUCGGCUCUAAUUUAUUUUGGGACGUGAAAUUGUUUUUCUCGGAGGUCAGAGUACACGCGCGCGCCAUUUGGAAGAAGUUUUUUGAAUAAAAACGCUCUGAGAACAGUGAAUGUGCAUUAGCCAGAAAGUAAACAGGCUGCCUGAUUAGUAUUCAAAAACACCUCAUUUGAAUAUAUUUUUUAUUUCAGUCUGCUUGGCUGUCUAGACGAUAGCGUGAAUUUUUCAGCCUUCAUGCGAUCUCUUUAGUGCCUUUUAUUUUUCGGGCUACGCGCACGCUAUCUCGAUCUUUGCGGAACAGGUUUUGUUGCGUGAAAGUCUUUUGAAAUUUUGAAUGCCAUUUCUGACAACCUUUAUUGUUUGUAAUUGUUUGACAGUUCGAAGAUAAUAAAUUCGCUUCAGCGGCGAAUUCUGUUGUUUCAAUCGUUAUUAAUUCCCACCUUAACGUUUUCAAAAUUUGAUUUUUUAAGGACAGAAGCUUUGGAAAUAUCACAUGUAUAAUUUGUGAUAAUCUUUCCGCCCAUUAAUAUUUUCUCAUCUCUUAACAAACAAAACCACAAAAGCCACGCAGAUGCAUUUAAAUUGCUUGUUGUAAUACUGUCACGUAAUUAAAAUUUCGUCUUUGGUCGAGCUAUACGAAACGUCGCCAUUACGUGUUGGAAGCUCAGUUAACUUGUUUUAGGCAGAUGUACUUUCCAUAGUAUUUCGUGAUGUUAAAGCCCAGCUAAUUGUUAAAAGGAUUUGAUCUGUCGGUUUCUUUUGUGUACAUCGUUCCACUUUAAACCCCAGGGGAUCAGAAAAAGCUCAGAAAACAGAAGAACUGAAAUGUAAAUUUUGACUUCAUUGUAUCAAUUCUAAUAUUUUAAAGUUUUUGGUAUAAUCUAAGUUCAGUUUUCAGCUCACUGGCAAGGGUAGUGAAUUCAUUUAUUGGUGAUAUUGGUUGGUUGAAGGUCAGGAUAUCAUGUUGUUUACUUACCUGCAGGCAGGCACUGUGGCAGAUAGAGUCAUGAAUAUUUUUACCCAAAGCAUUUUUACCUUUGUUUUUAUCUUUUUUUGCAAUAAAUACUGAAAGGUAUUCCAAUCUCUUCUGGCUUAUUGUACUCUUCUAGAUAGAGAAAAAUAUGAGGGAGUUGGUUCUUGAGAAGAUUAUAAUGACUGAGUAUGUCAUUCUCACAUAUUAUUUUGUAAAUGGUGUCUCUACACAGACUCCAUGAUACUGUGAAAUCAUUCAGUCCUUAAAUAUAUUCGAUUUGUAUUUUUCUUAUUAAGGUUUGCAAUAUCUGAUCUUGCCUCCUAGCACUGAGUUGUUUAGUCAAUAUUUUAUAUGAAGUUCUAUGUUUUUGUGACUAAGUGACAAGUGACCUCUACUUUCUUAAGAUUUUACUGGUAGUUUGGUCAUUUUUGCGAUAGUAUCAUUUUUUAUGAUUGUUUAGGCAGUUCCUUUGUUUCCUUGUCACAUAAAUAGUUAAGCUUUGUCAAGUGCAGUCUGUAGCUCCCAUUAACUCUCUUACCCAGCCAGUUUUAUUAGUGGAUGUCCGUGCAGUUUUUUAAUUUCUCAUUGACACUGUUUCAAUAUGACUCGUAAAUCUGAGGCAGACAUAUCAGAGUUAAGGAACAAUUCUUGCAAAGAUCUGAUAGGCAGUUAGUAUAUGCUUAAAAAGUAAAGAAGGAAAUUAUAUAAGCAACAUAAAGCUGAUGCUAGCUUGUUACAACAUGUUGUUUAACAGUGGCCAUGUCAAGAAAUAAGUUAGUCGUUUUAAAAAAGGCUAGGAGUGAAGCUUGAUUAACAUCCAAAUUAUAGGUCAUGUUUGAGUAGUGCUUUACACUUGAUGAAAUACCACAAAUGUUUUUUUGACAGGAGUAGGUGUAUCUCGAUCUCUUAACACUUCCGUGUGUGUUGAUUUGAAGCACAGGAAUCCUGUGAAAGUUGUGGCUUUCAAAACUUUGGGAAUCCAAAUUAAAAACUUGCAGUGUAACACAAUUAAUGGAAUGUAUCUUAUGCCAGUCUUAAUGUAAAUCUAGCGUCCCUUGGAAUCAGUCCUGACUUCUUGUGGUCACGGCAAGUGUUAAACAUUCAUGUAAAUAUUCCGCAAUAAUUAUUGCCUACUUUCUUUGAUUUUUUAUUUCCAUGGAUUGCAUAUUUCCAGUACAAGAAUAUAUUGUUUCUGUAACAGGGAAAGUCAAAGCUUUUUGUGCUCACUUGAUUUUAAAAUCGUCAGCGUACAUCCUGCUGGCUGCUUUUGCUCAUCGGCAAGCUAAAGACAACCAGACAGCAGUUACAUGACUGUGACUAGACAUGCACGUGUUUAGGAGUCCGACAAUCAAAAUUAUGUAUGAUGAUGUCAUUCUUGUGAGCUUAUUCAUAAUUUAUUGGGCAUUCUUGAUACAAAACAUGCAUGCAUGCAAAUAAUAGUCUUCGAAACAACUCUCUUAUUACUAUUCAAGGCAAAACAAUCCCUUUGCUAAGCUUACAGUGUCUAAUUAUGAAUGAAUAAAACAGAUAUUGCACAUGUACCGAAAAGGAAAAAAGGUUAAAACAAAUGGUAAGAGUGUUUUUCUGACUGGUUAAGAAUCAUUAUGAAAUCUAAAACAAAAUUAAGCAAAAUCUAGAAUAAAAUAAACUUAGUUGGUGUGUCCAUUUUAGGCAAAGUCAUAGCAAGUCGUAUUCCUAUAAUGCAAUUUAAUGACCUUUGUCUUAUAGCGGAAAUGAAGAGAAUGAUGGAUGGUAUGGUGAUGAGUGAAGUUUCAAUGAAUACCUCUGUCAAAAAAUGAAACCUAUACUGUCAAUACUUUGAUAAAUUUUUGGAAUCAGUAUAAUAUUAUUUACAGUAUUGGAGGGAGAAUGGAUGUGUGUCUUUCGUUUCUGUAUUUGAUGCCUAAAAUAGAAAUUAAGUGAUACAAUCUAUCAACACAAGCUUGCAACCACUGAUCCGUGAAAAUUAUGAUUUGUGAACCAGACAAUCCAGUAUCAAUGAAAUAAAGUGAUUAUCAGUAAUGUUAGUACUGAUAAUCUAGUCGCCUGGUGCAACUAAGUGAGUCAUUAUUCUCACAGAACAUGUGUCUUUAGGGUUCAAGUAUGGCUAAAAGAAUAUCAUCAGUGAAUAUUUUCAAAGUUUUGUAAACAAUGAUUAAGCAGUAAUGACUAAGCAGUAAUUUUUGAUGAAUUUUGCAAAUUAUCUUCUUUGAAAUCACGAAAAACGCCCUAUCUUAAAUUGCAGUAACACUUCUCUCUUCUCUCUAUAUUUGCGGCCAGUUUUACUUCAGAUAAUCUGCAUGGGAGACUAAUAAUUUACUUUAUAGUUUUUGGAACAGAUGAUAUUGAAAUAAUUGUGUAAGUGUAAGUGCUGACUGCAUGUUGCCUUACGUAUUGCUGAUUUAGGGCAUCACUCUCCAUUAAGAAAGUUAUAUAGUUCAGUUUAUCAUUCUUGUACACCAAAAAUACAUGGCCACAAUAACUUUUAAUCCUGUGUUAAGUCCCCUAGUACAGGUGAGUGCAACCAGUAUUAAUAUGCUGCUUUAUUUGUCAUAAUAACAUUUUUAAUUUUAUUUUUUUAUUCAGCUACAACUCUUUCAGUGAAAACAACAUCACCAAAUUGUGACAAGUGUGCAUUAUCUGUUUUGAAAGAAAGUCCUCCCCAACCAACAUCUACAUAUGAUCAACCAAAAUAUUUAGAAGCGGGACCCAGUAACACUCUACCGGGACCCAGCAAUAUUCCUUGUUCUGCUGAUCCCUGUCCAAUCAUUGUGCGUAAUUUACUCUGGCAUGCUGUCUUUAGACAUCAGGGUGCUGAUGCUGAGAGCUUUUGUCGCAGGGCCAUUGAGUCCCUGGUGAAAAAGUUAAAGAAGAAAUUUUAUGAGCUGGACUCUUUGAUAGUAGCUAUUACUUCCAAAGGACGGCAGCCAUCAAAAUGUGUCACUGUUCAAAGGACAAUGGAUGGGAGGUUACAAGUUGGGGACAAGAAGGACUUCCCACAUGUUAUAUACGCACGACUGUGGAGAUGGCCAGAUGUGCAUAAAAUGGAAAUGCGACAUAAAGAAUUUUGUCAGAAUGGUUAUGACACAAAACAUGAAAAAGUCUGUGUUAAUCCUUACCAUUAUGAGAGAGUUCAACCACCAGGUAUGAUGAAACUAAGCAUUGUGUUUAUAACUUUGUAAACUACUGGUUAGUGAGGAAUCUGGUUACUUAUUUGUCUCAAUAACUGUUGUAGUGGGCAGGGAAUUGAGAGCUGCGGGGGUCACGGUCAAAGUUGCAGAAGGAAUCCCUAUCCCCUUGCCCCCCCCCCCGGCCCACUCUUCAUUGUCAACCCUGGAUUUUACCCACAACUUACAAAAAUACUGUUAUUCAUGACCGACCUCCCCCCCCCCCCCUCCAGUUAAAAGAACUAGCACAUAAUAAUGAAAGUAUGGUACUUUAGUGUGAAAGCUAUUUUUUUAAUUGAAAUAUGUGAAUAUUUCAGAUUGGUUUAGAGCUUCAUUGUAUGGUAGUGCACACAAGUCACAUAGCAUUUCAGGUUUGUUUAUUUUUUGGUUUUUUAUCUAGUCCAUACAGCACUUUGGAUAUGAUAAAUAACAGCUCUGUAUUCAAACAUACUAUCCUGUAAUGAGCAGUGAUUGCAUUGGAACAAAAUGUGAGGUGCAAAAUUAGAUGACAAAUUUUCCAGAUACACUUGUAAUCUCAAAGUUACUUGUUGUAAAGCUGUACUUAAAAAGUCUGUUCUUUUGAGGGGAAAUAUUACAGCCAGCCUUGCAGCUGGUUUUAAUUACUGGUACAAUAAUAUUUAUACUUUUUUCCUUCACAGAAGGUGAUAAUAACCUUAGAAGUGAUGAGGUGAGUUAGUUGUUUAUGCAAAAUUUUUUUUAAAUGAAAUGAUAUGUGUGGAGAGAAGAACACAGAAAAAAAUUCUGACUUCCAGAUGGGAAUUAAACCCACAACCUUCUGUACACUAGUUGGAUGCUCUAACCACUGAGCUACUGAGAAGUCAGUGGUGAGCAGGUCAAUGGUGGGCUGACAUAACUAACACAUCGCUCAGUCACAAUUUGCAAGUUUAAACAAGUACAGUCACCUUUUGGACCACACCCAUUUGUGUGAAAGAAAAAGGGCAGAGGGUAGGAUUGCUGUUAAACCUUUCUUGGAGGGGAUGGGAGGCUAACAAAACAUAGAAGUUUCCAUUAUUUUAAUGUUUGAUUCUGUGAUGAAAGGUUUAGGUGAUCAGUACUGAGGCCUGGGUGUUGUAAUUCAACCUGCUGGGACUUCUAAAAAGUGGCUUUAAGUUGGGCCUCAUCCUCCCCUGGCCAUUGCUUAGUUAUCUGCUGAGAGUCAUUUUUUUUCUAAGUACGUUACUGUGCACACUUUCUCACAGGAUACGAAUGGCAGCUCACUCUCAAAUGGAAGUGAUGCCACUGAGAAAAACAGUAGUUGUUACUGUACACACACCAGUUCUCCACCAUCAGGGAAGAAGACAGAAGCCCAAGAUGCAAACAUCUUAAACUCCAGGGCAAAAAGAAAGCCUUCAGAUUUUAAUCAAGACAGGUACAUUGUACUACCAAUAGUAAAACGUUGUCAUUUUGAUCAUUAAUAUUAUAAGGAGAUGGUCUAGUUUAAGUUUAUCCUUGGUGCAAAGUAUAGUUUCCUCCACGUCAAACCCAUUACCAGCAUUACCAUACCUAAAAAAAAAGUUCAAUUCCCGAUAAUAACAUUUAAAGCAAGCAUAAAAUUAAACAACAGGGGAAAAAUGGGUGGGAUUUUUUUAAUGACCAAUGCCUUUCCUUAAAUUGUCUCUCCUUGUUUUGCAAUGUAAUUCUUAUAUGUACGGUACAUUUUUGGGAUUUAUAACAGUUACUAUAGUUACCUUCCUGUGAAGUGACAAUAUUAUGGAUAUUUUUAAUGGAUAUUUUUAAAACGUCGAUUUGGUUCCCAUUGUUGACUUAUUCUAAGGAGGCAAAUUUGUUAUUUUAUGGCAACAAUAUAACCAACAUGAAGGCUCUUUGAAUACCAAGGACCAAUUUUACCCAACUCAUCAUCUUAUUGUAGUGACAGUGAUGAAGAUAUUGAUAUUGAAGCAGAAUCACCCAAGAGGACUAAGGUACCCUACUCGCUCACUUUAUAUAAUAAAUAAUUGUAUCAAUAAUAAAUUUCAUCACACCCAGCCUACCUACCAGAAAAGAUACUGUAUUUCCUCAAAUAAUAGUCGACAGCGAUUAAUAUUAUUGCUUUUUCAAAACAAAUUAAAAGGGGGGCGAUUAUUCGAGGUAAAGCGAUUAUUUCAGAUAUUGCUCAUUGGAAUUGAAGUCGUGCCCUAAAUAUUUUAUUUUUUUAUCCCAUUAAUUCAAACAAGAAUAGCAUCAUAUAUACUGAACUUGGGCUUUUUAUAAUUCAAGUGUUCCAAAUUUGGUUCCUUGAUUAAUUUUCAAUGUCAAUAUCCUUGCCCUCAGCAGCUGAAUUGUCACUGAUCAGUUUUGCUUGUUAAAGGAAAGAGAAUUAGGUGGCCAGCGUGAGGGGUGAAGUAGUGGAGGGGGGCGGGGGGGGGGGGGGGGGAUAAUUUGGGGGGGGGGGUUAUUUUAAAUUUUUUUGUAAAAGGGGGGGGAAAUUUUGGGGGGGGGGGAAUUAGUGGGGGGGGGGUUAUUGUUGGGGGAAAUACUGCAAAUUGUGGGUUUUUUUGUUUUUUUAAUUUUUUUUUUCGUCUAUGUUGGUUUUUCUUUUUAUUUGUUGUGUGAUGAUGUGUCGUGUGGGGGGGGAGGUGAGGGGGGGGGUUGUGGAGGGGGGGGGGGGGGGGGGGGGGGGGGGGGGGGGGGGGGGGGGGGGGGGGGGGGGGGGGGGGGGGGGGGGGGGGUGAUAAUUUGAGGGAGGCAGUUACUUUAAAUAUUUUUGUCAAAGUGGGGGACAAUUAUUGGAGGGAGGCAAUUAAUCGAGGGAUGGUUAUUAUUCGAGGAAAUACUGCAAAUUUGUGAGUUUUUUGGUUGCUUAAUUUUAUCUUUUAAGCUUUCUCCAACUGAAAGUGUAUCAAGACGACUAGUCAAAAGAGAUGAGAGAUCCAGCAAUUUUGACAGCAAAUCAGGAAGGUAAGUAACAAAGCUGAUGGAUAUUAAUCUAAUGACAGAGCCAUGUGCUCCCAGUGGGGUGUGGGGUGGAGGGCAGGAUGGGGGCACUUAAGGAAAGUUCAGCGAGAGGUGCAUCACGUGCUGCUGAGGCCCUCAAACCCUGAUCCACUUUAACCCAUUCACUCCUGGAGAUUUUGCAGAAAAACGGGAUUGAAGCUAGUCAAGUGGUUUUCUGGUCACUGUCAUGCUAUAAAGAGCUAAACUUACCCCAAAUCCGUUCACAGGUCGUACACUUCACGGUCGUCUGAUCCAGAUGCAAAAUAUCAGCUUGCAUAGUUCGGGCAUGUGCAGAAAGCAAAAAUUGGGUUUAAAAGUGACACAGCAGUCUUGACUUUUACUUUUCGCUUUCUCUCCUUCCCUCUCUUUUCACUUUUCUUGCCUCAUUUUUUUUUCUCUUGCUGGGCAUUUAGUAGGCUUCAUUUUGGUGGGAAGAGUUUUUAGGAAAGCUUUUAGGAUCUUAGGAUUAGGUGAAAGGAAAGGUAGGUGGCAGUGGAACAAGAUUUUCAUGGAGAUUUACAGGUCAAUCUUACAUGGUUUUUUGCCUUUUUCUCCGGUGUCCUUGACUGAAUUGUGCUCAUUCUGGUAUGGUUUGAAAGAUCUCUUCACUCUGCACAAGUUAGCUUACAAAGUUGUUCUUGACCGUUAAAACUGAUGACAUCACAAGGGGUAGAAAGGACGUGUAUCCACACAGCGGUUACGAGCGGUUCAGGGGCGAAUGGGUUAAGACAAAUAUUUUUCAUUUCACUACCCUGUUUAAGACAGGAGACCUUAUUUUAUGACACUGAUUCAUACAGAAUUUAAGUAAUUUUUGGAACUAACAUCAUGGAAUUAGAUUUUAUUGGAAAAAAUCUGGUACCGUAAAUGUAGACUGCUCAUCUCCAACCUUCCCACUCUCUUAAAAGCUUCCGGUUGGCCAGCAAAAUAAAGACACCUUGUUCAAGUCUCUAAAUAGUGAAAUUGUACACCCUGUGUAUGUACUUGUAAGAGUCAGCAAGAACCUGAAAAGUAUACCCUCUUUUUUUGGCGGCACAUACUUUUUUAGGUCUAAAAAAGGUCCCCCCUUACCCAGCCAUGACCAAAAUAAUAAUAUUGCCAUCAGUUUCUUAUUGUCUAGAUUGUUAUAAAUAUCAAGUUGAGUUUGGUAUUGUCUUUGUACAAUUCCUGAUCACCAUCUGAAGAUAUCUCCAUGAAACUAACAAAAUUAGAACUAUCCCAUAAAGUUCCAAUGAGAAAUUUUAAAAUGUUUUAAAUUAUUAAGUUUCAAUGUAUUUUUAUUUCAGAGUACGCUGUGCUCUGUGCAACUGUGUGAAUAACAGUUUAUUGGGACAAGGUGAAUUUAUUUGUUUUGGAAGAAUAUCUGGGUUUCCAAAGCACUCUCCAGUCACUUCUCAGUCACACAUGCAGCAUUCAGCAUCUGCGGCUUAUUCAAAUCUACAUAACCACGCUGUUGGUGGAGGUUCGCUUGCUUCCUAUGGAAGAAGAAGUUCCCCUGAGUAUGACUAUGAAGAGCAUGGGUCUUACUGGAGAUACAGGACUGAUGCCACUAAUUCAACACUUCAUCAUCAAAGUCAUGGUGACAUUCCCGUCAGGUAAUUCACUGAUUGAGGGUAAAUACAUGAACGGUAAAUAAAGUAUGUUCAACCAGUCUUUUUCUGUGGUAUUAGUAAUUAGUUUACCAAUUAAGGGGUGACAUUCUCAAAAUCUUGGAAGCAUUGUAAAAGUCUAGUUUCUUCCCAUCUCACACUGUGGAACUUUUGGCUGUGAUAUCUCAGAUUUCAAAACACUGAUGAGUCUUGAUGAGUGGUGGAUUCUACCAUAACCACUCCUCAUUUGAAAUGUGAGAAGGGCCCAAGGUGUCAACAAUAUCAGUGCAUUAUUUCCAGUCUCAAUGAGCAUUUUGUGUUUAUUUAUUAUUACAUUGUAAGUUAAAUUUUCGUUUACUGUAUUUUUUCUGCUUCAACUUUAGAACAAGAAGCCCAGAUGGGAAAUCACAUUUAGUAAAUAGUUCAAGUAGUGGCAGACUCUCACCAUUUCCUCAAGAAGAUCUUUCCAGUGUUGGAUUUGUAGAAGAACCUGACCUAGUUGAUCUGUGUGACAUGUCAGGUCACAUAUGGGUGCAUGAGAGAUGUGCAGCAUGGACUUUGGCCUCCAUAGCAACCAAAUCUUCAGCUGAUUACACAGUGGAUUUAACAAACCAGAUUCUUUCAAAGGUAAAUUCUUCUACCUUGUUGUUUGUGAUGUCUGUUAAUUUAUUGCAACUGCUUUUGAGAAACGGAGCGUAAAUAAACCAACUACUCAACAAAAAAGCCACGCGAACAACUUCCUAAACACUAAAAGCCAUGCAAGAGAGAAACCUUUGCUUGCGGGGUAUUCUUUGGUGGAAUUUCCAUACAUCAAGGUUACACUUAACUGUUAACUCAUUUGGACUUUGCAUGCUUAUUGUCAAUCAAGAUGUACUAGUGGUUUAUAAUUACUUCACCUCCAGCACUAUAUCACAAAGCAAAUCAGUGACUGAAACUAAUCUAACUCAAACAUAACUGCUGGGUUCAAGAAUGCCAACUGGUCAAAGCUGAACUAGUUGGGGACUACCGUAAAACAAAUUCAGCUAGCAGUUAGGUAGGACUUAAAACUCGGGACCCAAGGCUCGCCAUUACAGGUCCCUAGCUCUGACUGUUCAGCCAGGCUGUCUCCUAAAAAGUAUUCAAUGAAUAAAAUAAUAAAUAAAAUAAAGGCCUUGAGUGGCUUUGGACUGUUUCCCUGUUUCUAUCUGUUGCACUGUAAUGAGUUGUGUACUUUAAAGUAUUUUAAUUUCAAUUUUUUAGUAUUUAUUUAUUUAUACAUUUACUUAUUUGGGCAGAAAUGUUGUUUCUGUGGUCGCUUUGGUGCAAGUAUUGUCUGUGAAAUGCCAGAUUGUGGUAGAAUAUACCACUACCCCUGUGCAAUGGCUGCAAGAACCUAUCAGGUGAGAGCUGAGAACAUAUCAUUAACAAUAUUAUUUGGCAAGGUUGAGCAGAAAUAUCGUGAUUUGUCAGUGGCAAGUGAGAUACUGAUAAAUCUUGAUAACCAAGUUCAAUAAUUGUUUUGUCAUUCCAUCACCGAGUUUAUUUUUGGAUGAAUAUCUUUGCGAAGCGUUGCAAAGUGUAGCGAUUUUGCCAUUUUUACGCAAUAGCAAUUGCAAGGGGGAGAAAAGCGGGGUUUCAUUUGCACUUGAGCAGAAUAUUAUUUGCUGCCAAACACAGUUGGAUGACAUUCAGCAUGAGUAGACCAUUAUUUGCAGGUAGAAGGUAAAAAAAAAAUUGCAUUGAAUUAUAAAUAUAAUACGGUAACCAUGUCGACAUUCUUGAACAUAUGUCAUUUCUAAUGCCAAUACGCUUUUUAUACAGAGUGAAUCUCGCUGUUUCCCGCAGUGGUGACCAGUAUAUAUAGAUGUCCUGGAAAAAUAUUAAUUUUCAUGUUUUUUAUACAUAAGGUGAUUAAUAUUAUUUCAAUCCCAAAUUACUCUGGACUCUCCACAAGGUAGAAAUAUCAAACAUCAUUGGGAAUUAUAAAGUACAUAAAUGUGUCAUAUCUUUUUUACAGGACAUAAAAACAUUGAAACUUUACUGUUCAAGUCAUGAGGACAUCAUACAAAGAGUAGGUAAGUAUCUGGUUCUUACAAUGGUAGAAAUAAAGCUGGUUCAAACAACACACAAAAACAAAAUCAACUAUGCAAAUAAAACAGUAUAAAAUAUUAUACCGUUAAUUUGUAAAAUGAUUGCAGCCACUUUAAAGAUCUUAAAUAUGAUGAGAAAAAUAAGAGAAAAUUAAAGAAAAAUAAUUAUUAUUUUCCGUAAGAUUUGUCUUCAUUUAGAAAAAGUGGUUUAAUAAGGAGAGAGAUUUAAUGUAAUGUUUUGAUUUACAGCAUUUUGUGACAGAUGUCAUCAGGGAGGGGAGCUGUCACAGUUGCUACUCUGCAGCCGAUGUAACUGUCAUUAUCACAGCUACUGCUGUUCACCCCCAGUGCGUGCUACUGAAACUGUUAGAGUUGGCUGGCAAUGUGCUCAGUGUAAAUCCUGCCAGUCUUGUAGGUAAGAUCUUCAACUUUGUCAUUAAACAAGCAGCCUGCAUGUAAGUCAUUAGUUGAGGUUCCUCUUUCCUAAUUUUUUUUCACUUAUUUCUAACCUGAUGGAUUUCUUCAAGAGUUGUGAAGGUAAUACAUUAGCUAUGUACAACAUACCUGAUUAAAGGAUUAUUAUGUUAAGUAAUGGUCCAGAUAAGAAGGAAAGAACCAAAUGCAGUGAGCACAUCAAAGUGCAAAAAAGUGCUAACAUUACUAUUGUAAUGAACUUCUGAUUGGUUCAAACAUCAAAGUUUAAUAAAUCUUCACAAAGCAACAUGUAUAUUAAUCCCUUGUUUUCUAAACAGCUUCCUUGUAACAAAAUUUUGUGAGUCUAACAAAUACAGAAAUCGUACGCGAGGAUGUACAAUUGUAAACUUUUCAUGGCUGUUGUUUGCAACCCUUACGAUUGGUCAAAAUCUUUUUACACAAAAAAAUACCCUUUAAAAAUGAAGUUUUGUUUCAUAAACUGCCUUUUUGUAGGUUGAUACAUUCUCUGUGUGAAAAUGAAAACUUUCUAUGUGACGAAAGCAUAUAAUGUGCCGUAACAAAAGAAGGGGUAUAGACUGCUGGUUCCUCAAUAAUGGGGGUCUUGAAAAAUUUUGGCCCAAUCUUGAAAUCUCAAAAGCGUUUGAGAUGUGUCUCGAAGUGUCGUUUUCUGGUGAUUUUGCCUCCUGCAGCUAGUGAUCCUGUUACAAAUAGUUAUGGUGAGUCCUGGGACUCAUCUUGUGAAAAGUUAUGAGUCCCAGUCCAGAACCAAUGAGUCCAAGUUAAAAAAGCGAGUCCGAAAUUGAAAAUGCUUGGGCCUUCAUGUAACCGAACAGUCUGAAGACAGACUCCAAAACUCUGUAUUACAGUAUACUGAAAUUAAAAUAUAGUCCUUCUAUUCUAAAGUACAACAAAGGCUAAAAGAAAUGUGCAUCGUUAAACAACAGCCAUUAUACUGCCUCAGAAAUUACGUGAACGGGCUAUUUCUACAAAUACACAUGUUCAGAUCAAUCAAUCCCUCUUUGCAUCCUACGGGAUGCAUGCCAUGAGGAUGCAUGCCAUGAAUUAUUUUGCGUCUUUGGAGAUUUUUAUGUGUCAGGGACACAGGACACAGAGGUUACAAAGUCACUGCUCUUGGAGUCUCAAUUUUUUUUAGUCUCAGUCUCGAAUCUUGGUCUUGCAGUCUCACAAAGACUCAAAUUUACCAUUCUAUACCCCUCAAAGAAAUUGCUUCCCAUCUUACCCCGAUCACUAAUAAUGGUGAUGAUGAUGAUGAUGAUAAAAAUAAAUUACAACGACAACAAUAAUGAUGAUGAUGAUUAUGAUGAUCAUGUUAAUAAUGAUGAUGAUGAUGAUAACAGUGAAGAUGAUGAUGGUGACAAUUCUCAUGUUAAUAACAUUAUUGAGGCUUUGUUAUUUUAUUGAACACAAACUCAUGGAAUUUAAAAUCAUGGCUGUUCUACAUUUCACAGACUUCCUUCCCCAAAGGAUAAGCUGCUAAUAUGUCGCAGCUGUGACAAAGGUUACCAUCCCUUGUGUACAGCACCGGUGGUGAACCCUACAGAAAAAUUGGGCUGGAAGUGUGAGGUUAGUUGUUAGCUUUGUUUGAAGCAGAAAUUAUGUACAAGCCAAUGCAACCUCUCAGGAGCCAUGCUAUUUGUCUUGACCAUAAUGUCAUUUCCUUCAUUUUAGUCAGAUUGUCCCUGUGUCCUUCAGUUAUUUAUUUAGGCUUAUUGGCCUUUUGGAAAAGCCUCUCUAACUGAGAAAGGCACUUAACUGCCGGUCAAAGCUGUGUCAUACUUGGAUUGUGUCAACUAAAAGAGACAUGUCUUCAUCCUCAGGUUUCUGACUUUGUGCCUGUCUCAAAUGUCUAUUAAUAUAAUAUCCAGUAACAUGACUGUUUGUGAGGAACCAUACUUUUUCCUGCUAAACUUGAUACACAUUUUUCAACUAUCUUCCAAACAGAGAUGUCGGCAAUGUAGGAUUUGCAGAACUAAGAAGACAUCACGGUGGCACAUUGACUAUACAUUGUGUGACAAGUGCUACCAAAACAAACACAAGACAAAUCACUGUCCAAUUUGCAACACCGAGCAGGGUAACCACAGAGUGGUGCAGUGUGAUUCAUGUAGCAGGUGACUACAUCAGUACCUUUUUUGUGACAAAACUUUUACAUUUUGGAGAAGAUAGAAACCUUUCAUUAUAUGACAAUCCUUUAAUGAAUCAACUUUUUCAUAGGUGGAUUCAUACAAUGUGUGACAACAUAACUGAUGAGAUUUACAGGAAACUUGAGAGAGAUCGCAGUAUUAUUUAUGUUUGCAAAAUAUGCAGAGAUGAAGUUGAGAAGAUCAAAAGGGAAUGCAGAAGAGAGGUAAGGGGUCACGUUAUGAUAGCAGUGGGGGAAGGUGGGUGGGUGAGUCAAGCCCAUUGACCUAUGAAACUUACAUCUUAAUGAAUACAAUCAAUACAAAGAAAACUCCUAGUGCAAAAUACUUUCAAGAAAAAACUGUUUGGAAAAGAUGAGUCUUAAUUUUGCUACAUAGUGACUGAAUAUAUCACAAUUUAUUAGGCAAAUUAUUCCAUAAACAGGAUUGCAGCUAGUAACAGUGUUAUUACUUGAACAAGGUUUAUUUUUGCAUUACUCUCGCAGUGUUUGAAUUCAGCCUGAUCUGCCUUAAGUCCUUUUCUAACACUGUUAUUUUCCUGUGCAGAUCAAAGCAGACCCUGUAGAGCUGGAAGAGUUAUCUCCAGUUACUUCCAUGAUAUUAGCUCAGGAAAUGUACAAAGGAGAGAACACAAAAUACAACUCUGAUGUUACAACCAGCAUGGCCACAACGCCUUGUUCAAUGACAUGGAUGACCUCUGAGCCUGUACAGUGGUCCAGAUUAAGGAUGACCUACUCUUUUGAAUAUUUUAUCAUGAAGCAGUAUGGAAAAGUGCUACUUUAAGAGUGAUACUUUGUGUAUUGGUAAUCUUGUAAAGUAGUCUUUAUUUGAUUCCACAGCCCUUGAUCUGAUUGAGCGAUUUAAAAAUUGUUUUUUGGACUGUAUAGGUAUAAAUUGUUAUACAAUCUAAGGAACCUCAAUCUGUUUUAUCUGCCAAAUGUCACAACUUGAAUAGUUAUGACGUCUGGUGGGAAUUUGUUUGGAGAAUCUCACCCUUAAAUGUAAUGCAUACCAUAGUUUAUUCAGUGUAUCAGAACUUUCUUUUAGUGGACAUGGAAAGAAGCGUGAUAUGAAUUACAUCUGACAUGCUAGCCAAGAAAGAAAGUGGUUUCAAUACUUUUAGGUUAUGAGGUAUUUGUUCUGAUGCCUCAUACCAAGGUACCACUAUUGCUCUAUGUGUGCUGCAUCAUAAGCAGUGAAAAUUUUCAAAGAUGCUAGAUGAAACAUGGAAGGGCUACAGUAGAUUGCAUAGUACCUGACAGCUAAUGGCAUGCUGUUCACAACCUCUUCACUUUCUCAGGGCACCAUUUUGCCAAAAAUUUUAUAAUUUGAAAAUAUCAUUAACUCACUGGAAAUUGCUGGUCAUUUUCUUUAAGUCACUGGAAAAAAAAUUGCCCUUGGAAGGUAUUUUUAUUACUCAUAACAUUAUUUUUUGGUUUGUGCUCUUGUCAAACUUUUUCAUUAAGUAUCUGGGUAUGCAGCAGUGCCAGGUUGUACUUAAUGCCCCUAAUUUUCCAUGUUCACUUUUUCUUUUAAUUGCUUACUAUAAUGUGUGUUUUUUUGGCGCUUAUUGUGUGACAUAAUCAUGGCCUUUUUUUAUCAUUUUUAAAAUUGUUUUACUUUAAGAAUUUGUUACAACUGUAACUCUAUGACCGCCACAACUACACUUACUAUUGAUGAUUUUCAGAUUGAAAUGUUGUGGUAACAAUUUUUAACCUAAAGAACAUUUAUAUUGAUGCUUCAUACUUGUAUGUUGUAUAUAGUAAAUUAUUGACAUGUCAGUAUUUAAAUUAGGCGCAUGUAACACAAUACCCCUUGACCUUUGUGUUGUUAAUUACUUUAACAUCAACUGUUCUGCUAGAACACACACAUUGCCAUAGAGCAAGUCAGGAAAAAUACAUAUAUACCUCAAACAUUUAAAGAACUGAAUUGAUAUAAUUUAUAAUAUUGUUAUAUUAUUUCACAAUGCUAAUGCCAAAUCCUCACAAAUUGCAGAAAAUUGGAUAUUUAUUAAUUAUUGUCUGUCAGUGAAAUAUUUGGAAUUGUCUGAUGAAUAAACAUUGCAGACAUCUUUUUUAAUAAUGGUGCACAUUUUUUCUUUCAAAAAAAUGAAAAUACAGUUUUUGAAUAAUACAUCUGAUCUGAAGUUAUGACAAGCACAGUUGUUUGGCUGAAUAUCUACUGUCUACUGAAUGAAUAUGAACCUUUUAAAUAUUAUGUGGAAGUUAGCAGUAGAAAUAUUAUAUAUUAUGUAUAUCAUGCCAAGUUUUAGCUGUAAUAAUCAUAAGACAUAGUUGUUAGGUGCUGGUUUAAUAUCCUUGUGAUGGUGCUCUUGGUUAAAGACAGAAAAUUACCAGUCAGUUGCAUUUUUUUGUCCUUGUUUUCAGUAAAAAAAAAAACAGUAACAUUGCGCUUGUCACAUCUGACCUGUUAGAGUCAUGAACUGAAAUUUGUUUCUCAAAAUAAUGUCUUAUUUGUUAUUGAAAUGUUAAUUUCAUAAUAGGAGUAAUUCUGGCAAUCAAGAAAAAUUUUUCCAUUAUUUAGGGCUGGAACCCAGUAUUGAUCUUUCUAAUAUUAUAAAAACUGGAUUUUAUUAAUAAUUAAUUUACAAAACUAAAAUCAAUUUACUCUCUAGAAGAAGAUAAUUAGGCCCAAACAACAUCUAGUAUUCUCUACAUAAAACACUGUCUGUGAC